AUGUUCAUUCCCGUUUUGCUAUUGUUCUUGGUUGUCUGCGCUUCGGCUUUCGUCGAGCAGUGGGAUCCCAGGACAAGAAUGUCGCAGGAAUGGCGCAAGCAGGCAGAGCGCGACUUCAACCUGGGAAACCUGCAUACCGAGCCUUAUUUGUACAAGUUCAUUUGGUUCGAGAUCCACCAUGGAACGGCGGGGAACAACAGGAGCAUUUCACAUACCAUUAGGAUGAACGGCAAACUGGGACCCGUCAAUUGUCGGAGGGUAAGUAUCGUGGUAGAGUUAGAAAUGACUCUCGCUUGUUUAAAUUUUUUUCGGCCGGCCCAGUUAGGCCCGCUAGGGAAUUUUAGUAUUACAAAAAUUUGUUUGACUAGACAAUACAACAAGAAAUCUUAAGGACAACAUGAAGUGCAGUUCUCCCAUAAACACGGUAUCGAAGCUUAUGAAUUUGGGCAUCGAAUACGAAAGCACUACGCUGAACGCAGUUAAUGGACAGGUUCACUUGCGUUCCUACUCGGUCUGGAAGGACAUGAACACUUGGUGA